GGCGCUGUGCGCCACCAUGCGAGGGCGGAGCUGCCUUCCCCUCAGCACAGACCCGGAGAGCAUCGCGAGGGCGGAGCUGAGUUCUUCUCUGAACAGACUUCGGAGAUACAGCGAAGGCGGAGCAGUGUUCUCCUCAGCACAGACCAGGGCGGGCCGGGGACACCGCGAGGGCAGAGCUGCGUUCUGCUCAGCACAGACCCGGGGGACAUCGCGAAGGCAGAGCAGCGUUCUCCUCAGCACAGACAUUGGGGGCACUGACUCUCUUUGGGACAACUCGGGGCCUCAUCGAUGACUCAGCUUUGCACUCCAGGGCUGCGUAGCACCAGCCACUGUCAUGUUAACCCCUUCCCAGACCAGUGUGUCCUUGGCCUGGAGCCCAAUCUGCUGGACAGCCUGGGACCAUCCAUUUUCUGGGUGGUGGGCAACCUGGUGGCCAUCGUAGUGCUGUGCAAGUCGCGCAAGGAGCAGAAGGAGACCACCUUAUAAACACUUAUGCAGCUGGCUGCCGCUGACCUGUUGUUCACUUUGCUGGACGUCUCAACUCAAAUGUGAAAUUUUCAUGGAGAAUAUUUGAACUGUAUUUAGUUUAAUACAAAUUGCAGUUAAAAAGUUUAAUAUAGAUUUACCAGGGGGCAUGCAGCCCGCUUGCCAACCAGAUCGCUGCUGAGUGCUCCCGCAGCCAACCCCCAAAGAGCGGCCUGUUGGCUUCCCCAGAGCCCAGGAAUUGGGGAUGUCCUACAAACCUACCACCCCUGCCCCCAGCAGCACCCCCGGCUCCAGCACGCCUGGGCCGGGCACUCUGGUCCCUACAGGAAGUGUCCCAUCGCCAUCGGGCUGAGGACCAGGAGCCACUGCCCCUUUCAGACCGCUGUUUAACGACUUUGGACCCCCUACCAUCGUCUGUGUGCAGGCCAUAAAACCACCUGGCACCCAGGGCUCCCAGAGCACCUACACGGAACUGCUGUUGGUCACAGGAGAGAUGGGCAAAGGGAUCCAGCCCACCUAUGCUGGCAGCAAGAGCGCCACGGAGCGCCUGAAGAGAGGUAUCAUCCAUCCCUAGUCAGAGUGCCUGGCAGAGACAGAGCGGAACGCCUGCACUUAACAGGAAGCUCCUAGGACUCUGUGUCUGGACUCCAGAGCACCUGCUUCUCCCUGGCCUGCAUGCCUAGUUGCAUUAACCAUCCUGGGCCUCCUGUCCUGUGUCCCUUGAUGGGUGCCCUCCAGGAACCAAGGGGCGGUUCUCACUCCAGGUGGCAGCACUAAAGACUGCCCCCUCCCGACCCCACACCGCCAACACAACAAGAGUUAGCGAGGUCCCCGUGAGUCCCACCCAUGACCUGCCGACAGUGUUGCCCACUGGAACUUUCUGCGGCCCCCACCACUCAGCCCUUCCCAGCACUUCUCCCACUUGUCCAGAGCCACCUUCUCCCUCAGCACGGCUCAGGCCUCAGGCCUGACACUUCCCUGCCUUGUGUCUUUUGCUAAAUAUGACCUUUCUAUAUUAAUAAAAGAUGCUUUGGAGUUGUGCUAUCUCUAAAAAAGUUUAAUAUAAAAGAGAAAUAAAAGGAAAUUUAGCAAAGGAAUAUAUAGAUGAAUAUUUAAAUACUCAGAGGUGACAUUA